GUUGUCGCCAGAACGUCGAUCGUGCCGCUUGUGUAGUUCAUGUGUUCCUCCUGUGCCAACCGUGUGCAACAUCUUGGGAAAUACUUACGCCAAGCAAAGUAUCUACAAGAUACAUCUUUCGACCCAAGCUAAAAAUAAACGAAAAGUUGAAAAAGGGGGACAAAAACAACGUCAACUCGCGCGUGCCAAUUGCAAAAGAAAGGAAGGGUCAGACCCCUGAAGCAAAACCAAAAUAAAACCGAAAACAAAAAAAACCAAAUGAAAGUUUUCCUACAGUUGGAAUGCAACAAAAAAGUGCUUGCACCACUUGAGCUGGGCCGAAAACAUUCAAAAAAUGUUCAAGUAAAUAAUGUAACACAAAAACUUUACAGGACAGCAAGAAAAUCCAUGUAAAUGAAGAAAAUGAGAAUGUGGCGAUCUGGGCAGAGCAUGGAACGCAAUUAACAACAAAGAAAAAUACCGACAAAAGACAAAUACAAAGGCAAACGUAAUGUGAAAUCUGCAGAGCGAAGAGCUUGCCUAAAACUAAAAUUAAAACUGAAAUUGAAAUUGAAAAGAAAAAGGAAGUACAUAAAAGUGUGUGAGAGGCAAAGUGAGUGAGUAAGGAAACAUCAACGUAAGCAGGCGCCAUGAAGUUUCGAUUGGAAACAUUUUGGUUAUUUUUGUUGACAGUUGGCGGCAAUCAGAAGCAAUUAAGCGCUGAUUGUUGCCACUGGCUGCUCACUUGGGGUAUGCCAGCUGCAGCUGCUACAGCGACUGCGACUGCGACUGUACCAGAAAAGCAAAAAUCAAUGGAGCCAACAUUGGGGGACAUCAUCGAGCAGAUUCACAACGGAAAUGAGCUGGAAAAUGCAAUGAAAUUGCGUGAGACCACAAGGCAAUCGAUGGCUGAAACCCUGUCGGUUAUUGGAGAUAUAACUACAACAAUCCGAUCACAAACUCAGCCGGAUGCCACCACCCUGACGGUAGACCACAAGUCAUUCGUCAGGCGGGCUAAAACUGCAAAAAACAAUUUAGAGCAGAAUAUUAAAGAUCGAUUGGCCGACUUGUUGGCCAGUGAGGAGGCAAACUCCAUUCCAAUAACAACAACAACGACAACGUCAGACAACGACUCCAGUCCAAGUAGUGGAACAAGCACUCAUCAUCCGGAGCGUCGUCAUGUGGAGCCUCAAAAACUUCAGUACACAAAGGAGAUACAAAUCAAGCAGGGCCGUCUGGUAGGCAUAACCCGUCUCUUCCAGGUGACCAGUGGCCUAAGAGAGGUGAAUCAGUAUCUGGGUCUGCCCUAUGCGGAGGCUCCCACUGGCAGCAGGCGAUUCAUGCCGCCUGGAGCGGCGUUGCCCUGGCAGGGACUGAAGAUUGCACGUCAUUUGCCGCCGGUUUGCCCACAAAAACUACCGGAUGCGUCAGCCCAUAACAGCGGGAAUAUAUCCCAGGGCCGUCGCAACUAUUUGAAGCGACUGAUGCCGUACCUGGAGGUCGAAAGUGAGGACUGUUUGUAUCUGAAUCUGUAUGUGCCGCAAGAGGUGUCGCUGUCAACUAACACAAAGAAGUAUGCGGUGCUGGUGUACCUACAUGGAGAAUCCUUUGAGUGGAACAGCGGCAAUGCCUACGAUGGCUCAGUGCUGGCGAGCUAUGGUGAGGUGAUUGUGGUCACCGUCAACUACAGACUCGGAGUGUUGGGAUUCAUGCGUCCCAGCAUCGAUGCCCACAAUAUUGCGAACUAUGCACUACUGGAUCAGAUAGCUGCUUUGCACUGGAUCAAGGAGAACAUUGGCUCCUUUGGGGGCGACAAUGAGCAUGUCACUUUGAUGGGUCAUAGCACUGGAGCUGCUUGUGUCAAUUAUCUAAUGGUAUCGCCGGUGUCAUCAGGUUUAUUUCAUCGUGCCAUCCUGAUGUCCGGCUCAGCAAUGUCAGACUGGGCCGCCAGCAAUCAGUCACUGCAAUUGACCAUGCAAAUCGCCCAGUCCCUCAAUUGCCCAUUGAGCGUCUAUGAAGAGGAUGAUGCUCUGUUGAAUUGCCUACGUCAGCGUCGCUACCAGGAUAUCUUGCACAUACCAACAUCGUUUCAACAAUUUUCAACAUCAUUGGGUCCAAUUGUCGAUGGACACGUAAUACCAAAUCAACCGUACAAGGUCAUGGCGCAUAAUACGGAGUAUUUCAGCCGUUAUGAUUUAUUAUUCGGCAUCACGGAGUCAGAAUCCUAUCAUACAUUGGCCGCAUUAGCACUCGAGGAAGGAUUACGUGAAAAUGAACGCGAUAAUUUAUUGCGGUUCUAUAUGCAGACUCGCUUUGAUGUACGCCCCGAUUUGGCAUUGGCUGCCACGCUAAAAAAAUACCAGGACAUGUACAACAAUCCGAUUAAGGCCACUAAUUUGGAGCAUCGGGACGUUGUGCUGGACAUACUCUCCGAUGCCCGUGUUGUUGGACCUCUUCUUCAGACCGGAGUAUUCCAUGCGGAUGUGCAACGACGCAAUUAUAUGUACGUUUUUGGCCAUAACAGCGCAACUGGUCCAUAUGCAAAUCUACCACACAGCAUUAUGGGCGAGGAGUUGGCGUUCAUUUUUGGUGCACCGCUGGCGCCGGCCGGACCAUUUCCCAGUCACAACUAUACCGUGCAGGAAAAGCUGCUUUCCGAGGCGGUAAUGGCAUAUUGGACGAAUUUCGUAAAGACAGGUAAUCCCAAGGAUCCUUGGGAGCGUACAUUUCUGAACUCGCAUGCCUUGGAAUGGGAUCGCUAUGACUUGGAUUGGCCCGAGUUUAACAAGCGAAGUCAGGCCUAUCUCAAUAUAGGAAUACCGCCAACAGUCGGUUACAAGUACCGUGGCAUCUACAUGAAUUUCUGGAACAAAGAGCUGCCGGACGAGCUGAAUCAAAUUGCAGCGAUACAGAAGCAGGGGCAGCAACAACAACAACAACAACAGCUGCGUGGCACAGCGACAUCGGCAAUGGCCGGAAACGAGGUGAUUACGGGUCAUAUGAGCAAAUACGGGGCACGUGACAAUGGCGCCGAGGAUCCGGUGCGUACACUCAAAUGGCUGCUGCAGGAGCCGCUGUCGACGGGGGCGGAGCAGACGGCGUCCGCAGCGGAGAACAUGUACAAUGCACCGCCCACAUUCGGACACGUGCACAGGCAGCAGAGCGGGGAGGUGGGGGUGGGCGUGGCCGGGGAUGAGGUAACUCAACCUGGACAGCACGCUAAUGAUUAUGGGGAGGACGCAGCUUCGGCUUCGGCGUCGGCUUCUCCUGCCUCGCCAUCGGAGCCUAUAGCCAAAUCAGAGACAACGCUGCAGUUGCUCAUCGCACUGAUUGCCAUCUUCAUUGUGCUGAACGUGGCCAUCUAUGCGACCUUCCUGCUGCGCCAGCGACGCAAGCGGAGCACAUCCCUGCAACGCAAGCUGGGUGGCAACAUCCUCAGCUACGAUGGGGCCAACGACGACGAGCUGAAGCGCUGCAGCAAGUCUCGCGAUGGCGACGACAGCUACAUCCUGGACGUGGUGCGCAAGUCCAAUACCUAUGAGGCAAUCAAGACGGGUCAGAGGUCGCCCAUCAAUGGCUAUGCCAUUCAGCGACAGCUCAGCACCUCCACGGUGGACACGCACACCAAGGUGUGUGAGUGGAUGUCGGCUCACAAUCAGAAUCCGAAUCAGAAUCAGGCACAUAAGCUGCCCAAGUCCGGCAGCUUUCACACCACACCACCGCCACCGCCAGCUGCCCAGACAGAUGGUCGUAUUAUAAUCUGCCAGGACAUUGAGGUAGCCGAUGCCACCCUGCUGACCCCGCAGCACAUGCACGACCACCAGGAUGCCAUGCACUAUGAGUUGCUGCUGCAACGUCAGCACUCUGCUCUGACUGAGCCCAGCGAUGCGACUCUGCUGCCUCAGCACAGUCACUCUCACUCCUAUUCGCACUCCCAUUCCCACUCAGAUCCUGUGGACAUGAUACUGGCUGCGGAUGAGCAGGUGACCAGCUUUGUGCAUGCCGACGAUGUGGACAUUAAUGUGACCAGUCGCGACGAGCAGCCGCUCCACCUGCAACCUCUGACCGCCGCUCAGCAGCUUGAACUGCUCCGGCAACGCAACUAUCCCAAGGUGCUGCCCACAGCGCUGGAUUUGCGGAGCAGUCACAGUCUCAGUCACAGUCACAGUCACAGCUACAAGCGCAACUCGUUGCCGCCACAGAACUUCAUAGCGCCGCUGCCGCCGCCGCGGACCAUCAGCAGCACGCUGGGCAGGCGCAGGCGGGACAGCAGCAAUGUAACCACAUCGCCGCUAAUGCUGGCACAGGAUUGUGGCGAGGAUGAGCCAGGCGAACCGCAAAUCACACAAAACACGCUCAUUGUGGGCCCCAUUGUGCCCAAGUCGCCGGCGACGUCCCUGAAGCGCAACAAGCAGUCGCCAGGACAGGAGAGAGCGGGCGGUGUCGCCACGGCCAUGUCCACACUGAGCGGCUCCUUUCAGUCGUUCGAGGCGGUGCCGCCUGCGCAUGAGGCGACGCCACCGCAGGGUCAACGCACCGAGUGUGUCUAUGCCAUUGCGGCGAGCGCAAGUGUCGCCUCAAUGCCCAGCUCGCCCACAAGCUGGUCGGCGCCCAAUGGUGACCUGUACGCCCAGCCGACGAAGUCCGCCUCCAGGACAUCACUCAUACCACGUCUGCUGCAGACGUCGCCAGAGACGCCAGCAGCGACACACGCAGGACAGCAACUGUCACAUCAAUCAGCAACAGCAACAGCAACAACAACAACAACAGCAACAGCAACAACAACAACAGUUGCAAGCAACCCGAGUCGCAUACCGCAAUUGCAACGUCAGGCGUCAAACAAAGACAUUGCACCCCAGGAAUUUACAAGUGCAAGCAGCAGCGACAAGUCAGCAAUAAAUUCACGCAUAGAUUCCACUAUUUCAAAUGGCUCCCCGGCAUCGGCUGCCUCCUUCUGCUCAUCGGGAUCAUCUUCAUCCUCCUCGACGGGCACUGUGCGCACGGAGUUGCAGCAAUUUCAGCAGCAGAAGCCCAACAAAAGUAUUACAACCAAUAUAUAAGACACCCGGGAAUCUGGCAAUCAGUUCCUCACGUUGACGUCAUCAGUGCAACAAUGGGUCCCACUGUGCCUGCUGUGCCCACUGUGCCCGCUGAGUCCGCAUUGCGACUAAGCCAGAGCUCAGACAAAAAACUCGCAGAGUCGUCUGCCAAAUCCUUUAAAACGACUGACGACUUGUGGUUUGGGCUCCUCACGCGCAGCAUGUCAGAAUUUUAUAGUGUUUGCGUAAAUUUAAUAAUACAUUUCGGAAAAGGAAAGUUUAUCUCUGACUUGGCGGUCGGAUUGCAGCUGGAGUUUGGUUGCAGCUUGUGGUCGCUUUGGUUUCUGCAACUUUUCGCAACGGCAAUAAGGUUGCAAGUUUGGCUAGGCUUUGAUUUAAAUUCGAAAUUGGUGAAUAUCGAGAUAACUAUUGAAAGUAAGGAAACUACUCGUUUGAGGGAAUAUCUAAUCACAAGAAAAUUGCAGAAAUUUACACAAGAAAUAUUAUCAUUUAUGAAUUUAGUAAUUGAACAAUUUUUAAUUUAAUAAAAAUAUCAAAAUACCAAAUUUAAUAUUGCAUAAGAUAUUUUAAUAAAAACUUCUAAACGAAUUUUCAAAUUAAGAAUUGUAAUUCAAACAUAUU